AUGACCCGAACAGAACUCACACUCGAUGCGGUCGUCAUCGGCGGCGGCUUCGGUGGCUGCACCUCCCUCUACCGCCUCCGCGAGAUGGGCCUCACGACCAAACUCUUUGAGGCAGGAAGCGCCUUCGGCGGUGUCUGGCACUGGAAUAGCUACCCCGGGGCUCGUGUGGAUAGCGAAAUGCCCGCCUACCAGUUCAAUAUCCCCGCCGUAUGGAAGGACUGGAAUUGGAGCGAACGGUUCCCCGGCAGCGAGGAGCUGAAGCGAUAUUUUGAACACGCUGACCGUGUGCUGGAGCUGAGCAAAGAUACCUAUUUCAACACGGUGGUAUCGGAGUGUCGAUUCGACUCGGCGAGUGGACUAUGGAUUGUCCAGACCUCGACCGGCAUCAGGGCAACGUGCAAGUACCUCAUCGCCGCCACGGGAUCCUCCUACAAGAAAUACUUCCCCGAAUAUCCCGGUCUGAACCAAUACAAGGGCCAGCUAAUCCACCCAGCGGCGUACCCGGAUAAACUCGACGUCACAGGAAAGAAGGUCGGCGUUGUCGGCAACGGAGCUUCGGGUCUCCAAAUCGUCCAGGAACUGGCAAAGGAAGACUGCGAAUUAACCUCGUUUAUCCGCAACCCCUGCUUCGCAAUCCCCAUGAAACAGCGGAAUAUCUCUCCGGAAGAGUCCGAAAUGAUGAAAGGGUACUACGACGCCCUCUUUGACCGCUGCUAUAAAUCUGCCACGGGUUUCCCGCAUAACACCAGGCCUCAGGCGGCCAGCCAGGCAUCGCCCGAGGAACGGAAGGCUGUUUUCGAUGAGCUUUGGCAGCGCGGUGGAUAUAGUUUCUUGGUUUCGAACUACUAUGACUUCCUCCUCAAUGAAGAGGCCAACUCGAUCUUUUACAAUUACUGGGUACAACAGGUUCGAGCUCGCAUGACGGACGAGAAGAAGAUGGAUAUUGUUGCACCGUUGAAGCAGACUUACCUGGUCGGUACUAAGCGGCCGAGUCUGGAGCAGGAUUACUACGAGAUGAUCGAUCGGAAGAAUGUCAUCCUGCAUGAUUUGAAGAAGGCGCCUAUCCUGGAGUUCGAUGAGACCGGUGUCGUCACGGCCGAGGGCCAUCGUGAUCUCGACAUUGUCAUCUUUGCGACAGGAUACGAUGCCGUCACAGGUAGCUUGCUGGAUCUGGGCAUUGAAGAUCGGAACCAGGUCUCUUUGAGUGAGAAAUGGAAGGAGGGGACGACUACUCAUCUGGGCUUGAUGAUUCCUGACGCGCCAAAUCUGUUCCUGGUUUAUGGACCGCAGGCGCCGACUGCGUUGGCUAAUGGACCGCCUUUUAUUGAGAUGGAGGUCGAUUGGAUCUGUCGGGCGAUUACGAAGAUGCGUGACGAGGGCUUGGCGUCUGUCGUGCCCACAGCCAAGGCAGCGGAGCAGUGGAAGGAGGAGGUUCGCCUGGUGUCCGAGAAUACGCUCUAUCCCAAGACGAACUCGUGGUAUAUGGGCACUAAUAUCCCGGGCAAGAGGCGGGAGCCGUUGAUCUGGCUGGGUGGCAUCCAGAAAUGGUGGGAAAAGUGCACUGAUGCGCUUGAGAGCUGGGAGGGCUUUUCUACUCAGCCUUUGUAG